CUGAUCCCUAACAUCAUCAUAGAGUCCAAUUAGAAAAGACUUGGAAAGGGUUCUGUUAUGUCCUGAUCAUCUUAAGAGAAGAAUAGAAAAAUAGAGCAAGAUGAACAUACUUUAGUGGGGGAUAGGGAGAAAAGAAGAAGAAGGAAAAGAAUAUUAAAGAGAAAUUUAUCUCUCAUAAUUAGUGUACACAAGUAGACAUCCAUACAAAUGAGAGGAAGGAAGGAGUGGUUGAUGAUUGAACUUUACUCUUUUCUGCACUGGCAAAAGAAGGAAGAAAAAGAGAGACAGAAAGAGACAGAGAAGAAAACACAGAAGUAUAUUUUACUCUACAAGGGAAAGGAAGAAAAGGGAAUAAAAGAAAAGGGUGGACUCUAGAGAGCUAACACAGAAGACAGAAUGCAGAUGCCAUCACUUGCCUCUGGAGGGAUUCAGAACAGGGGGCUGGUACAAGAUGGGAUCCCCACAUGGUACCACGGAGCCAUUUCUAGAGAAUCUGCUGAAAGUUUGCUCCAGAAGAAACCUGUAGGAUGUUUCCUAGUACGAGUAAGUGAAAGUCACGUGGGCUACACUCUGUCUUACAGAGCCAGGGACUGCUACCGUCACUACAUGAUCAAGUGUUUGCCUGAUGGCAACCUGGUGAUCCCUGGAGAAAUGGAAGUCCACCCAACAUUAGUGGAACUAGUGAGCUUCCACCAGGAAACUCCCCUCCAUCCUCACAAAGAACUGCUAACUCUGCCAUGUGACCAGGAGAAUGAAAACAAUGAAUACUAUGAAGAGAUCUCCCCUUACUCCAACGUACCAGUGAAUAGUAAAAUCAGACCAGUGGACAGCUCAUCUGCUCAUCUGCCCAAGCAGAGCUCAUUUUCUCAUGAGCUGGGGAUUCACAAACAUUGUCCAUGAACUCUGCUUUCAAGCACAUACUUACCUACCUACCACGCACUUCUACUGCCAGUUACCAUCCAUCACCCCUGAGUAAAAGGAAAUAUGGAUGAGCACAGGUUCUCUUUCCACAUCACUCCCAGUCCUUAAACACAAAUCUGCUCUGCUUUAUAUUGAUCUGUCUUCCCAGAGUUCAAGAAAGCAAGAAAGGCAACAAAUUGACCUUAAAAUGUUCUUUUAUACAAUCAAGAUGAAGAGUCCAUCACUCUGAUCCAAAUAUCUUGAAGCCAGCCCCAGUCUCAAAACCCUGAAGAUUAAGGUGUCAGUGUUCAUGCCUAUCUGUCCAUUGGAAAGAGCCCUGAAAAUGUCUCCAAAAUUUCAAACACUAGAAUCUCACCUAGACGAGUAACAAACUCUUCAAAUUAAUGUAAUUAACCACUCUUGCAGUUAAGACAGAAAAAGUAUAUGAUAACAGGGGAUUGAAUUAGGUUUUAAGCACUUUUGGCCACCCAAUCCCAAAAGAUUACUCCACAGGCGUGUCUCCUGAGAGUGCUAAUUGACUCCUGCUUCCCCCAUACAGCAGGAGAGGAUACAUCAAUUUAUUUGGAGAAAAAUGAUAAGGCAAGGUGAUAAAAAGUAAUAAGACAAGAUGAGAGGAUUGUAGAAAUGGUGAUUUAUUUCUCUUAAUGCAACAGCAACAGCAACCUGAUGGGUGCUGACCUCUCUCAGGACUUCAACCAUUUCUGCUAGCCAUGCUAAUCCCAGGAAAGAAGAGUCCAGAUAUAGCUGCCAUUUUUUCUUAUCUCUCAUCUUCAUUACUUUAGUCUCCUUGUUUCAUAAGAUUUCCUAACUUUUUGAACUGUGCACACCAGAAGUGUGUUUACUCAAGCUAAAUCUGUGUGAGGUGAUAUCACCAGGCUAUCAAGCCUACACACAAGGUUUUGGAUUAUGUAUUCCAAAGAGAAUGUCCUUCAAUGAACAAGACUGAUUCAGCCCCAAACACUGUGAGAAUAUGUAUCCUGUACAUGUAUCCACUCCCUUACAUCAGGAAAAAUUUCAAAAUAAUUAGAGCUAUUCAGAGAUAGAACCAGUUUUUUUUAAAGGGUAAUGAGUUCCCCAUCCUUGAUGCUCAGGUGGAAACUGGAUGACCACUUAUCUUAAGUUGUGAAGAAGACUUUAAUUAUUUACAUUCAGGUAGAGCUAAAAAAACUUGUGAAGUCCCCUCCAAUUUUAUGUCUAUCAGUCUAUGCAAUUUUGAGAAUAAAGAUUUGUUUCAU